AGGCAGAGGCCUGGGAGCCCCCAUUUCCGAGGGGGAGGGCUAGCGUGGAAGGCCCCGCCCCGGCAGCUGCGGAGGGAUUUGGUGGGGUCCAGGCCGCCCUUGCCACGCAGGGGUGCGCGGAUGACCUGAAAAAAGCCAGAAAGAGGAAAGGCGCCGCCGAGGCUGGUCGCUCUCAGCUGGGGCUCAUCGCAUCCUCUACCAAGAGCGCUCCCACCACACAGGUCCCGCCCCUCCCAGGUGGGUUUCAUCGGGUGGGCCCAGCGGAACAGGGCCGGGUGAAAUUAGGGAGGGGGCUGGGCUGGGGCGCAAUGGAGGCCGAGCCAAUCCCGGACUCCUCAAUGCCAGCAAAGCUGCUGGCGCCGCCCUGUCUGAACCUGGAGCCGCUGGGAGGAUCCCCCUCCCAGGAGAAGCCGAGGACCCCAGGAUGCUGCAGAAUCAGUGAGAGGUCCCUCUGGCCUGCAUGCCAGGACUCGGUCACCGCCCUGUGCUUCCUCCAAGAGACAGUGGAGAGGCUGGGUCAGUCCCCUGCCCAGGACACCCCGGUCCUGGGGCCUUGCUGGGACCCGAUGGCUCUGGGGACUCAGGGCCGCCUGCUGCUGGACAGGGAUUCCAAGGACACACAGACCAGGAUCAGCCAAAAGGGCCGCCGUCUGCAGCGCCCGGGGACUCCCUCGGCCCCACCCCAGAGAAGGCCCCGGAAGCAGCUGAACCCCUGCCGGGGCACCGAGAGAGUGGACCCCGGGUUCGAGGGGGUGACUCUGAAGUUUCAGAUAAAGCCGGACUCCAGCCUGCAGAUCAUCCCCACGUACAGCCUGCCCUGCAGUAGCCGUUCUCAGGAAUCCCCUGCAGAUGCUGUUGGGGGCCCUGCAGCCCACCCAGGAGGCACCGAGGCCCACUCAGCAGGCAGCGAGGCCCUGGAGCCCCGGCGCUGUGCUUCCUGUCGGACCCAGAGGACCCCGCUCUGGAGAGACGCUGAAGAUGGGACCCCUCUCUGCAACGCCUGUGGGAUCAGGUACAAGAAAUACGGCACUCGCUGCUCCAGCUGCUGGCUGGUGCCCAGGAAAAAUGUCCAGCCCAAGAGGCUAUGUGGCAGAUGUGGAGUGUCCCUGGACCCUAUUCAGGAAGGUUAAACCCAGCUUCACCCUGCAGAGCUGCUGCUUCUGCCUCCGUUUCACCAGUGGGAGAAUGGGCAGAAGCAGCUCUCCUAGGAGGAUUGGGGAAAGAGCCGGCCUGCCUCCUCUCUGCCAUCUCCAGAUUCAAGGAUCCCGGGGGAAGACCCAGGCCUCAGGUGGCAGAGCCUGCUAGGGGUCACCAGCCCCUUCUCCAGUCAGCCUUGGCCGAGGCCCCCUCAGGAGACGCUCUCAGGAAGGAUGAGCAUUGUUAAAGCAGGGACAAUAAAGUACAGAGAUAUGCCAAGAGAAAAA